ACGUGAAAUUGCCAGUGUACACCAUUAUUGACAUGAGAAUUCUUAACAAUAUUAACAAAUAACGGUGUUCUAUAAUUGGAUAUAUUGUUCAAAAGCAGCGUUCGAACAAGAAAUAGACCGAAAUCAGUUUUUGCAAUUGCUGAAGUUUGUGAUUGUAUCGUCAAUUCUCAAUUUACUCUGAUAUUUUUUUUCAUGAGUGGUAAAACAUAUGCAGUAAAACUCAUUCUGCGUGGGAUUAUCACUUCCUCUCCGACACGAUUCAUCACUGCUGGCAACAUUUAUUUGAUCACAUUGUCCAAUAUUCUGUUAAGCAGCUGUUCAAUUAAUGACGUCAAUAAAUUGUUUGAAUAGAUCACUAUAAAUAUCGAAAGGGCUUCUGAACAUUGAAUUCGUCUCCCAUGUUCUCAUAUCGAAUUCGGGUCAACAAAAUCGUCUCAGCUGAACUUGAAAAUGGCCAGUAUUUUACUGCUAAAGAUCGUGGUUUCUCUACUUUUAAUUGCCUUGGAAACUUCGAGUGUGGCGGGAGUUCCACAGUUUGGUGAAUGCACAGGGCUCAGACUCGAAAAAACGGCUUCUGGCAUUGCCCCAAGGCAAUGUGUUCGAUUGGGUGGAACAUGCUGCGAUUUGGGCAGUUUUAUAACUAACAACCCAAAAGAAAUGAAGGCAACUGAAAAGUGUCUAACCUGCUACAAAUCGAGUGUCAAUGUGAAAUGCACUGGUACAUUAAUUCGAUCUAAGCCUUGGAAUUGGGGCACCGAUGCCAACACAUGGGUUACGGCUAAAACCUGCAUUGCCCAGAAGGGCCAGUGCUGCACAGGUUAUAAUAAACCCUUCAACCCGAACAGUACUCCAAAUGAAUUUUCCUGCAAUAAUUGCUAUUCUGGUACACCGACAAGCACUGGUUGCAGUGGUAAACUUCUGUCCUCUAUUGAUUUCACACCAAAAGUCUGUGUUCAGUUAGGAGGACAUUGCUGUGAUGGAGACUGGCAAGGCACCACAGUGGGUUCAGCUUAUUGCACUUCGGCAAUUUUUAAUUCUGCUCUUCUGAAAAAUUGCAAUCUCUGUUACAGUGGAUCUCCAAAGGUUGUUGCCUAGAAGUAAAAACAAAUUUAAAAUUAAAUGAAUGUUUAAUUUGAAACGAAUUCUGUAAGAAUUUAUAUACAGCAAAUAAAAUGUUGAAGCAAUGAA